AAAAACAUUUGUUUAUAUUACUGCUUUAUCUGAGUUGUAAUAUCGUUCAUAUAAUUGGUGUUUUGUAAAUUUAACUAAAGUGAUAUGUGUCCUAAGGCUUCAUCGCAGUGAUGCGCAGUCAUGGGAUUUUUUGACAUUACAGCUAGAGAUACAUAUCAUGUAAUGCCAUAGCUGUAUACAUUACACACCUGAAAGUGGCCCACGUAUUUUCUGCAGUUUGUCUUACCUUUGCAACAAAUGUUGGUAUUCUUAUAAUAAAUCGGUUGCACACGUACAAAAUAGCAAUAUAUUUUAUUAAUAUUAUUUAUACAGUAUAUAAUAUAUUUCAUUUUUAUGGGGCCCAAUGAUACCUUCAUAUUUAAAGCAUCUAGGUACGUCAUUGAGAUGGACCUAGUAUUUUUUUAUCGUUAGUACGCAUGGCCAGAAAUCUCACACUGCGUAUCACUACUUCAUCGUGAUAAAACGAUUAAAAUUAUCGUGUUCGUCGUAGUUGAAAGAGGGUAUAUUUUCAGUAGAAAAUCGUCAGAUAUAGAACAACUAAGUCGUUUUGCUUCUGGGGGAUACUGUGAUGAUUCAACAAUAGUAUAUUUACAACAUCCUUGUGUAAUAUUAACUGCUUUAGAAGUUCUUGGUUACAAAGUUGUGGCAUCCUCAAGUACCAGUGUUAAACAAGAUUAUAAUGAAUAUAUGUGGACUAUGAGAAAAGAUUUCUCUGAACCUGAACCCGAACCUGUUCUUAAGGCAGGUAGACGAGGUUCCUCCAAGUGCAUAUUGUUAAACACGUGACAAACAUGGAGCACCAUCAUGGUAGCAAUGAUCGUUAUACAUGCUGCAGUUCAAAUAAUAAUCACGAUGUUCGUCAAUCACUUAUGGAAAUGGAAUUUGAACGUGGUAUAUGGUAUGCAGCACAAUAUAAUGAUCUAGAUCGCGUGAAAGCAUUGCUGAAGAAAGGUACUCCUAUUGAUGCGGAAGAUUUUGCUGGAUACACAGCGUUACAUUAUGCUGCUCGAAACGGAAAUGAUGACAUUUGUAAAUUUCUAAUAGAAAAUGGUGCAGCGGUGAAUGCACGAACACGUUGUGGACGUGCUACACCUUUACAUAGAGCAGCAAUGCAAGGUCACUCCCAAAUUGUUCGACUUUUAUUAAAAUCGGGUGCAAACCCUAAUUUACAAGAUGCCGAUGGUUGUACCGCCUUACAUAAAGUACUUGUAACGACACCUUCUAUACCAGUUUGUAAGCUUUUGGUACCACGCACCGAUUUAACGUUGCAGAAUAACAAUAAGCAGAGUGUAAAACAAUUGACACAAGAAAAAUGUCCUGAAAUCUUACAGUUUAUAUCAACUUAUGAGUAAAAUUAUAUUUUAGAGCCA